CUCACCUAAAACAUUACUGAAACAUUGCAGCAACUCUCCUGAAACAUUACUGAAACAUUGUUACAACUCUUCUGAAACAUUACUGAAACAUUGCAGCAACUCACCUAAAACAUUACUGAAACAUUGCAGCAACUCUCCUGAAACAUUACUGAAACAUUGUUACAACUCUUCUGAAACAUUACUGAAACAUUGCAGCAACUCUCCUGAAACAUUACUGAAACAAACCUGAAAGAUAGUAACAACUUUAUUGAAACAUAAUUGAAACAUUACUGAAAUACUACUGAAACGUAUCCCACAACACUACUGAAAAGAUUCUGAAACAAACUCUCCUGACACUUGAUCUGGGCAUUAUGUUUUGGAGUGUGUGAGUGUAUCAUCAUCAUCAGUAUGUCCACCAGAGCCGAGCUGCCGUUCUGCUGCUCUACAUGUGGAGAGUCGUGUGUGUUUGGAGAGCACCGCUCCAGCAUCUGCUCCUGCCAGAAGCUCAGUUUAACCCCACGCCGGAGCUCCGACGGGGGCCUGAUGUCUCUGUACCCUCAGAGAGAAAGCAGCAUCGCUCGACCUCUCCGUCUGGAGCUCCUGGACGCCUUGAGUUUGGCGACCGGCCCGCUCCGGAAGAUCCUCAUCCAGAGAGACUCACCCUCCGCUCUUUCCCCAGUUCUGGCAGUGGCCGUGAGCUCCAGACCUCCAGAAACGGAGGCAGACACCGGUCACGCUGUGGCCCAGCUGGGUGUGCCGUGGCUGGGCAGGCUGGCUCUGGAGGCCCGGCUUCAGCAGCUGGCUCUGGAGGUCCAGGAACGGGUCUCGCUCAAACUGGAGGUACUUCAGGAGGAGGUGAAGAGGAGGAGCGCGGAGGUGCGGACAGCUAGAAGAGAGAGUGAGAAAAUGCUGACGGAAAAAUACGAGGCGGAGAAAAGAGCGGCUCAACUGGAGAGACAAGUGGACAUUUCUGUGGAGAUGCUGGCGAGUCUGAGAUACGAGCUGAGCGAUCGAGACGAGCAACUACGCAGAAAACAACAGGAAGUGUGUGAGCUGGACAGGUUUGUGCGGGACACGGCACUCCAGGAAGCGAGUGCAAAGAUCCGUCUACAGCGUUUCAUUGAGGAUCUGCUGGAGCGAGCGGAGAGAGCAGAAACACAGCUGCAGAACAUACACAAUGAUGUCACUUCCCCUCACAGACACCUGACAGGAAGUAGAGCUGCAGGAUACCAGAGGAGUUACAGUGUGUCGGGGAUGAGCAGAAGAUCUUCACAUCUGCCUGAUCACAGAGCUGCUCAACACUACAGGUAUGAGCGGAGGCCGCGGACGCUGUCAGUGGGUUCGGGAGGUUGCGAGGGCCACUGCUACGCCCGUCAGUAUCAGCGUGUGUUUUACGGAGACGUGGAGGAUCCAGACACACACUACAGGAGCCAACACACGGACGCGGAGUCAGACAACUGGAGCAUUUACACUGACGACACACAACUGCACAGCGGAUACAGCAGCACAGGUCAGGAUCUCCACUGGUGCGUGAACAGAGUCAGUGAGUCGACCGAGAGCUCAGAACGUCUGCGGCUCAAAGCGGCUCUGUUCUGUGUGUUCAUCUACCUGGACACACACACUCUGCUGACCGCCGCUGAGGUGUGUAAGGACUGGCGGAGUGUUGCUCGUCAUCCUGCUGUGUGGACCAGAGUCACGCUGGAGAACGCACGCGUGUCCUCAAAGUUUCUGCAGACUCUGUCUCAGUGGUGCAGUCAGACUCAGUGUCUUGUUCUUCAGAACCUCAAACCUCGAGCUCGAGCCAAGAAAGAAAGCAAAGACGAGUACAUCCGGAGCACCAGGGGCUGGCUGGAGGCGGGGCUGGAGGCGGUGCUAAAGGCAGCAGGGAGGAGUCUCGUGGUUUUGAGCAUCUCUCAUUGCUCGAAUAUUUUGACGGACAGGUGUCUGUGGCUCGUCAGCUGUCACUGCCGCUCACUGCAGUCGCUCACAUACAGGAGUGCGUCAGAUCCGGUGGGUCAGGAGGUGAUCUGGGCUCUGGGUGCGGGAUGUCGAGACAUCACUGCACUACGAAUCGCUCCCAUACAGCCGUGCCUGCAGCCCAGUCGCUUCAGUAACCGAUGCUUGCAGCUCAUUGGCCGCUGCUGGCCGAAUCUGUGCCGGGUGGGCGUGGGCGGAGCUGGCUGCGGCGUGCAGGGAUUGGCUUCUCUGGUGAGGAACUGUGUGAAUCUGUGUGUGCUUGAGCUCCAUCAUAUGAAUGAACUGAACCAGGAGGCGGCGCUAGAGAUCUGCAGAGACGGCCUUCAGCAGCUACACACACUCGCAUUCAUCUGCACACCCGUCACCGCUAAAGCUAUCCUGCACUUCACAAGUGUGUGUCCGAGUCUGAAGUGUGUGGUGGUUCAGUUGUCUAUUGCAGAUUACUUUGAGGACGCUGAUAAUGAAGAAGCCAAGAGAUUAUUUGAGGAGAUCGUCAACAAUCUACAGGCACUGAGAAAGAGACCCGGUCUGUGUGACGUCCUUCAGAUCAAAGUGGACAAACCCUGAAAACACACGUCUGAUGUGCUUCUGUGUUACUGUGACAAUCUGACACACACACAUGCACAAACUCACAGACAAACACACACACAGAGAAGUGCACAAGCAUAUAUUC